AUGUACAGAAUAGAUGUUUCAGAUUUUUAUGACUUCCAAGCAUUCAGAAAUAUGUGUCCAUUUCGAGACUAUAACAAAGCAGUCGAGAAUUUGAAACGUUUAGUCAUUUAUGUCGACUCUGCCCCAGAAUGUUAUGUCAUGAAAGAAUGGGAUGUUGUCUUUAACAAACCAAGAGCAACAAUAGUUUCAGAACAAGAAUGUAGACAGAAACUUAAGAAAAUAAAAGUCGUACAAGUUGGAAUGAAGAUGUUAGAUGCUUGGGAUAUCUUAUUGUCAAAGUUAGAAGAUUUUUCAGUUCGAGGUAUAAAGUUCUAUACACCUUCUCCAAACUUCUAUUCUAUCUUCACUGGAUAUAAAUACGAACAAGUAGAAUGGAAAGAAAAUGUUAUAGAAGCUUGGUUAGACCAUGUCAAAGAAAUUAUAUGCAAUGGAAACGAAAGAGUCUAUGAGUAUAUCUUAUGUUGGUUUGCAAACAUCUUACAACAUCCAAGUGCUAAAAAUGAAACUGCUCUCAUUAUAAUUGGAAAACAAGGAACUGGUAAGAACACUUUCUUUACAGAUAUCUUAUGCAAACU